AUGAACGUCAUACCCACAGCGCAAGCGACGGCUUUUGUGUCUCUCAUUAUGAACGUCAUACCCACAGCGCAAGUGAGACCACCAGCAGCAGCAGCAGCAGCAGCAGCAGCAGCAGCAGCAGCAGCAACAGCAGCAGCAGCAGCAGCAGCAGACAGCCUCAGUCCCCUGCAGCGCCCGCAGCACAUCUGCAUACAGCUGCAGCAGAAACUGCAGCAGCAGCAGCAGCAGCAGCAGCAAGCACAGCAGCAGCAGCAGCAGCAGCAGAAACGAUGGGAUCAAUGA